CUCAAGUGGUACGCCUGCGGCCCGACGGUCUACGACGCGACGCACCUCGGCCACGCGCGGACCUACGUGACGCUCGACCUCGUGCGCCGCGCGGCGACGGCCUACGGCGGCUCGCGCGUCGACUUCGCCAUGGGCGUCACGGACGUCGACGACAAGAUCAUCAAUCGCGCCAGGGAGCUCGGCCUGGAGCCCCUCGAGCUCGCGCGGCGCGAGGAGGCGAACUUCUUCGAGGACUUGGACCGGCUGGGCUGUUUGCGGCCCGACCGCGUGCUCCGCGUGUCGGAGCACGUCGACGACAUCGUGGCCUACGUCGGCGACAUCGUCGACCGGGGCUUCGGCUACGCGACGGAGGGCGGCGACGUCUGGUUCGACGUGGGCAAGCUCGGCGACGCCUACGGGGCCUUUGCGGAGGGCCGCGGCACGUCAAAGGCCGCGGCGCAGGCGGCUCUAGAGGCCGAGGACAAGGCGUCCAUCUCCACGAAGAAGCGCGACGGCCGCGACUUCGCGCUCUGGAAGGGCGCCAAGGCCGGCGAGAUCUCCUGGGACUCGCCCUGGGGCGCGGGGCGGCCCGGCUGGCACAUCGAGUGCUCGGCGAUGACGCGGGCCACGUUCGGCGACGCCUUGGACCUGCACGCGGGCGGCGUAGACCUGGCCUUCCCCCACCACGAGAACGAGAUCGCCCAGUGGCGCGGCGCGUCGGGGGAUCUGGAGGGGGUCUGGUGCCCCUGCUGGCUCCACACGGGCCACCUCCACAUCGAGGGCCGGAAGAUGUCGAAGAGCCUGAAGAACUUCGUGACCGUGCGCGAGCUUUUG